UCACGUGCAACCGCGCCGGGUGCAGGAUGGCGGCGGCGGCCGCGGCGGCAGCAGCGCUGGGUGUCAGGCUCCGGGACUGCUGCAGCCGGGGUGCCGUACUCCUGCUCUUCUUCUCCCUGUCCCCCCGGCCCCCGGCCGCCGCUGCCUGGCUGCUGGGUCUGCGACCCGAAGACACUGCUGGAGGCCGCGUGUCCCUGGAGGGGGGCACCCUGCGGGCGGCCGAAGGCACCAGCUUCCUCCUGCGGGUCUACUUUCAGCCUGGGCCGGCGGCCCCCGCCGCGCCCGUGCCCGCACCCUCCCUGGCCCCGGGGGAGAACGGCACGGGCGAUUGGGCCCCGCGACUCGUGUUCAUCGAGGAGCCCCCCGGCGCGGGCGGCGCGGCGCCCAGCGCGGUCCCCACGCGUCCCCCGGGACCGCAGCGCUGCCGAGAGCAGAGCGACUGGGCGUCGGACGUGGAGGUCCUGGGGCCCCUGCGCCCCGGGGGCGUGGCGGGCUCGGCCCUGGUCCAGGUGCGGGUGCGGGAGCUGCGGAAGGGCGAGGCGGAGCGCGGCGGCGCGGGCGGCGGCGGGAAGCUCUUUUCGCUGUGCGCCUGGGACGGGCGCGCUUGGCACCACCACGGCGCGGCCGGCGGCUUCCUGCUGCGCGUCCGCCCGCGCCUCUACGGCCCGGGUGGGGACCUGCUGCCGCCUGCGUGGCUGCGAGCGCUCGGGGCGCUCCUGCUGCUGGCCCUGUCCGCCCUGUUCAGCGGCCUGCGCCUGAGCCUGCUCUCGCUGGACCCGGUGGAGUUACGGGUGCUGCGGAACAGUGGCUCGGCCGCCGAGCAGGAGCAGGCGCGCCGCGUGCAGGCCGUGCGCGGCAGGGGGACCCAUCUGCUCUGCACCCUGCUCCUGGGCCAAGCCGGCGCCAAUGCCGCGCUGGCCGGCUGGCUGUACGCCUCGCUGCCGCCGGGCGUCGGGGACCCCGGGGAGGACUCCGGCGAGGCGGGGGUUCACUUCCCGUGGUUACCGGCGCUCGUGUGCACCGGCGCCGUGUUCCUGGGAGCCGAGAUCUGUCCGUACUCGGUGUGCUCGCGCCACGGGUUGGCCAUCGCCUCGCAUAGUGUGUGCCUGACCCGGCUCCUCAUGGCGGCCGCCUUCCCGGUGUGCUACCCGCUGGGCCGCCUCCUGGACUGGGCUCUGCGCCAGGAGAUCAGCACCUUCUACACGAGGGAGAAGCUGCUGGAGACGCUGAGGGCUGCUGACCCUUACAGCGACCUGGUGAAGGAAGAGCUCAACAUCAUCCAGGGCGCCCUGGAGCUGCGCACCAAGGUGGUAGAGGAGGUGCUGACCCCUCUCGGGGACUGCUUCAUGCUGCGCUCCGACGCGGUGCUUGACUUUGCCACUGUAUCCGAGAUCCUCCGUAGUGGCUACACUCGCAUCCCAGUGUACGAGGGCGACCAGAGGCACAACAUUGUGGACAUUCUGUUCGUCAAAGACUUGGCCUUUGUGGACCCGGACGACUGUACCCCGCUGCUCACAGUCACCCGCUUCUACAACAGGCCCCUGCAUUGCGUCUUCAAUGAUACCCGGCUGGACACUGUACUGGAGGAGUUUAAGAAGGGAAAAUCGCACCUGGCCAUUGUCCAGAGAGUCAACAACGAGGGUGAAGGAGACCCCUUCUAUGAGGUGAUGGGCAUUGUCACACUGGAGGACAUCAUAGAAGAGAUUAUCAAGUCAGAGAUCCUCGAUGAAACUGACCUCUACACUGACAAUCGAAAAAAGCAGAGGGUCCCACACCGGGAGAGGAGGCGGCAUGAUUUCUCUCUGUUCAAGCUUUCAGACUCGGAGAUCAGAGUCAAGAUCUCGCCACAACUGCUACUGGCCACGCACCGCUUCAUGGCCACAGAAGUGGAGCCCUUUAAGUCUCUGUACCUUUCGGAGAAGAUCCUGCUCCGGCUUCUGAAACAUCCCAACGUGAUCCAGGAGCUUAAGUUUGAUGAGAGGAACAAGAAAGCCCCAGAACACUGCCUCUACCAGCGCAGCCGCCCUGUGGACUAUUUUGUGCUGCUUUUACAGGGGAAAGUGGAAGUGGAGGUCGGUAAGGAAGGCCUUCGCUUUGAGAACGGAGCCUUUACCUACUAUGGUGUCCCAGCCAUCAUGACCAGCGCUUGCUCAGAUAAUGAUGUACGGAAGGUUGGAAGUCUGGCUGGAUCCUCUGUCUUCCUGCCCGUCUCUGUGUCUCGUACCUUCGCCUUCAGCAGAGGGGACUCUCUGGCAGGCUCCCCAGUAAACCGGUCCCCUUCUCGCUGCAGCGGGUUGAAUCGCUCCGAGUCUCCAAACCGAGAGCGCAGUGACUUCGGCGGGAGCAACACACAGCUGUACAGCGGCAGCAACAACCUCUACACACCUGACUACUCUGUGCACAUUCUCAGUGAUGUGCAGUUUGUGAAGAUCACACGACAGCAGUACCAGAAUGCACUCACGGCCUGCCACAUGGACAGCUCUCCCCAAUCCCCAGAUAUGGAAGCCUUCACUGAUGGGGACUCCACCAAGGCCCCUACCACCCGCGGCACACCCCAGACUCCAAAGGAUGAUGCGGUCCUCACACUCCUGAGCAACAGGAGCAGCUUGCCGUGCAGCCGCUCAGAUGGUCUGAGAAGCCCAGGUGAGGUGGUGUACCUGAGGAUGGAGGAGAUGGCCUUCCCCCCAGAAGAGAUGCCCAACUUUGAGGAGCACAAGACACAGCAAGUCUCACUGUCCCCUGUCGCUGUUCCCACAACAGCAGCUUCGGAUCCUGAAUGCUGUAACAUCCCCCUGGACCCAGAGGCCAGCCCCUGCAGCAGCGACUCGGAGGAAACCAUGGGCAAGAAGCUGCUGAGAACCUUGAGUGGCCGGAAAAGAAAGAAGUCAGCAGAUGGAGAGAGAGCCUCUGAGGAAAACUCCAAUUUAACACCCCUGAUCACAUGACGAGGUCUUCCCUCAUGGCUGAGUGUGAGACUCCGAGGCUUUGGGGGAAGACCCACCCUCCCGUCACUCGCUCCCCCCAGGCCUCCCAUCGGUGACAGAACAUUCUACCCUCCACCUUUCACCCCUCAGUCAGUUUGGCAAGUUUUAAGAGUUGCCUCCAGUCUGACACAGGAGAUGCCUGUAAUGGAAGAUGCUAGAAAUGGUUUUGUCUGUAGCAUAGUCUAGAAUUGGCCAGGGGAUGACACCAAGUUGACAAUGCCAUUCUGAGGCUCCCAGUGAUAGUCUUUUUUCUUGGUGUCCCUGGGCCACAGGAGACCCAUGUCCUGGAAUUCACUUUUGUUUCUUCCAGGACAAAAUAACGCUUUCUACAAUAGGUCAUACUCAGCAUUGGCUCAGACAGUGAUGCGGGCACAGAGGUGUGCUGGAGUCUAGAGGAGCCAGUGUGAAAAUCAGCUCCAGGGAUGGACAGAGAGACAAGGACUCUUCACUGUUAGUGAGUGGAUUCUCCCCGCAGCCUGGGGAAGGGCAGUUCAGCUGAAAUGAAGAGAGAGGAAGCCCUGAGUCACUCUGUCUCCCAGGGAUGUCAGUUUGGGCUUCCAGAGAUUAAUUUCUCAAUAAGCUUGCUUCAGAAGAGGAGGUUCAGGGAACACAGAGACCAAGUUGUGAGCCAGACACAGAACUUCAGGUUUUAAGUGAAAAUCAAAGCAGGAAAAAAAAAACUUACAUGAAAAGAUUGUAAGUUGUUACAGUUUGUGUAGCCAUGAUAAACCAAAGAGUGCCCAGGUCGGCCAGGAAGGAUGCUCCGUGCUGUCACGGGACUUCACUGUGCUUGACACAGGAAUGUUGAACGCUCACUUUUCUUUUUCACAUACCCCGCCACCUCAGGCCUCUUACUACAUCCCUUGCUGGUCAGGUUAAGUAUUCCAAAAAACCUAUCAGAUCCAGGGGUUUUAGUCCUGGAUGUUGGGGACAGAUGCAAUUCUAAUCAUAACCACAAGAUGGCAGAAUGACCAUACAAAUCUAGUCCCAAGAAUCAUGUAGGUGUUGGGAAACAUAGCCAGGCCAAGGGAAAAUUUAAAAGUCACAUUUAAGUUUCCGAUUUAUUUCCUACCCUGUCCUUGCACACCUCCAGUCAGUGCCCAGAGGUUCAGUGACGCCUGUUGAAUCUCCAAACCAUUCCCUAGCUGCCUCCCCCCAUCCUUCCCCCAUUCAGUCACAGGAAAAUACUUGCCCAUAGGAUCUUUAACUCAGGGGUUGUUAACCUGGGGCCAUUACCCCAUGGGAGUCCAUAGUUUGACUCCAGGGGACUAAAAAGCCCUUUAAGCUGUCGGAAUUUAGUGUUUUUGUGUGUUUUCCAGAGACUUGAAGCUUUCUUAAUAUUCUCAGAGUUCCCAGAUCCACGAAGGCUUUUUAACAGUUUUAAAUAGUAAUGGAACUUACAGCCCAAAGUUUCUGCAAUGCAGAGUGAAUGCUGGGACACUUGAGAAGAGUGUUUAAUUAUAAGUGGUCAGGCAUUCUUAUCGACGGGGGAAGGUUGGCACCCACCAAGACAGGGUCCUCAGAAAUUCCUGGCACAUCACAUAGUAGGGUCACAACCUACAUCACAUAUAACUUUUGCCCACUGUCUACCAAAAACCACAGUAGGUAUUGCCAAGAGGGCCAUAGCCCACAGGAGGGAAGACUGGAGCCAGAGAUGCGUCUUCUGUGUGUGUCACUGACUUCACAUGCCCCUUCAGCCUGGCUGUCCUGAGGCUCAGCCAUGCAUGUGUUCUAGCUAAGUCCGAAGCCACCUCUCCCUGCCUGCUCAGAAUACAGUGCCAGCGCUUAGUGCUGGGUGUCUCAGACCUAGGCCAGUAAGUGAUGAGUAACAAGAUCCCACAAGGGAGUCUGCUGGGUGAACCAAGUUCCCUCUCAUUAGCCAGGCUCAGGCCACUGCUGUUGCAUCAGCCCCUCCCUCUGCAGAACCUCUAAGGGACCUGUCACCACUUCUUGCCCUAGCUCCCAAGUCCCCCAGAUUUUCUUCAGGUUAAAAUACAUUUUAAAAAAAGAUUUUAAAAUAAAGCAUUUAUGAAGACUCAAUAAAUUGUAAAUAAUUUUUAAAUAAAAUGAAAAUGUGUUUUCCUGGA